CCCUGUUAGUCAAACUCGAUGAGUUUCUCAAGUCCUGCCGCAUCAGCAGCAGCCUCACUCACUCGAUUGUCUGCUACUCUUUUUUAUUGUUACUCUUCUUUUACCCUCUUCAACUUGAGCAAACCUAAUAUUCGGCUAAUUACUUCUCCUAUCUCUCGCAAGAAACAGCAAAAGCAACUUAAUUAUCAUAAUUAUAAAACGAUGGCUUCUUCAACACAACAACCAAUAGAAUCCAAAGUCACUGCACCUUACGGCUCCUGGAAAUCCCCAAUCACCGCCGACUUUGUGUCCGGAGCCUCCAAGCGACUUGGCGGCACCGCCAUUGACGACGAUGGCAAUCUAUUCUGGCUCGAAUCUCGUCCCAAUGAAGCAGGUCGAAGCGUUCUUGUUAAAGAAGGGGAUCCACCUACGGAUAUUACCCCUAAAGAAUUUUCAGUGCGAACAACCGCACAGGAGUAUGGAGGUGGUGCAUUUACGAUAUCAGGAGAUACUCUUAUUUUUGCAAAUUAUAAAGACCAGAGACUCUACAAGCAAUCUAUUAAUUCCCCAGAUGCAUCGCCAGUUCCAAUUACACCCGAUUAUAGGUCACCAUCUGUUUCUUAUGCUGAUGGAGUCUUUGAUUCACGUUUUAACCGUUUUGUUACUGUAAUGGAAGAUCGUCGUCAAAGCAGCAUAAAUGCAGUUACGACUAUUGCAGCAAUCAGCCUCAGUGAUGAGAAUGCUCAAGAACCACAAGUAAUAGUUAGUGGCAAUGAUUUCUAUGCAUUUCCACGUAUGGAUCCCAAAGGUGAACGGAUAGCGUGGAUUGAAUGGUGUCACCCUAACAUGCCAUGGGAUAGAACUCAACUUUGGGUUGGCUAUAUUUCUGAUACUGGAGAUGUCUACAAAAGCAUAUGUGUUGCUGGUUUUGAUACUGCAAUUGUUGAAUCUCCAACUGAACCUAAGUGGUCCUCCUCAGGGGAACUAUUCUUUAUCACUGAUAGAAGAAGUGGAUUUUGGAACCUUUACAAGUGGAUUGAAUCUACAAAUGAUGUGCAACCUCUCUAUUCAUUGGAUGCGGAAUUCUCGAGACCGUUAUGGGUAUUUGGCACCAACUCUUAUGAACUUAUCCAAAAUAAUGAAGGAAGGAACUUAAUUGCUUGCAGCUACAGGCAGAAAGGAAGAUCAUAUCUCGGGAUUUUGGACUGUGCUGAAAGCUCGCUAUCUCUGCUUGAUAUUCCUUUCACAGACAUAGAUAAUAUUAUUUUUGGAAAUCAUUGCCUAUACGUUGAGGGAGCAUCUGCAUUUCAUCCAUCAUCAGUGGCUAAGGUGAAUUUGGAUGUCCAAGAAUUCAAAGUGACUGAUUUCAAGAUUGUUUGGUCCUCAUCACCUGAUAGUUUAAAGUAUACAUCCUAUUUCAGCUUGCCAGAGUUCAUUGAAUUUCCAACAGAAGUUCCUGGUCAAAAAGCAUAUGCAUACUUUUACCCACCUUCUAAUCCCAUGUACCAAGCUAGUCCAGAAGAAAAGCCUCCAUUGUUGCUGCAAAGUCAUGGGGGACCUACCGCUGAGACACGUGGAAUUUUAAAACUAAGUAUUCAGUAUUGGACCAGUCGAGGUUGGGCCUUUGUGGAUGUAAAUUAUGGUGGAAGCACUGGUUAUGGUAGAGAAUAUCGAGAACGAUUACUAAACAACUGGGGAAUUGUAGAUGUUAAUGAUUGUUGCAGUUGCGCUAAAUUUUUGGUGGACACUGAUAAGGCAGACGGGGGACGGCUGUGUAUUACUGGAGGCUCAGCUGGUGGUUAUACAACAUUAGCUGCCCUUGCUUUCAAAGACACAUUUAAAGCUGGUGCUUCAUUGUAUGGUGUAGCAGACUUAAGCUUGUUGAGAGCGGAAACUCACAAAUUCGAGUCUCGUUACCUUGAUAACCUCAUUGGUGAUGAGAAGGAGUACUUUGAGAGGUCCCCAAUAAAUUAUGUUGAUAGAUUUUCUUGCCCUUUAAUUCUGUUCCAAGGGUUAGAAGAUAAGGUUGUACCCCCUGAUCAAGCUCGUACAAUAUACAAUGCCUUAAAGAAAAAGGGUUUGCCAGUUGCCCUUGUUGAAUAUGAAGGAGAACAGCAUGGUUUUCGAAAGGCUGAGAACAUUAAAUUUACGCUGGAACAAGAAAUGGUGUUCUUUGCACGCUUAGUUGGACACUUCAAUGUUGCUGAUGACAUUACUCCAAUCAAAGUUGAUAACUAUGACUAAGCAUGCGCUAUCAAGUUUCAGAACUUGAGGGCUCGGCGGAGCUUGAGAAAUUCAGAUGGCCAGGAAGAACUAUAAGCUUGUGCGGUAACUCUGCUUUAUCUGAUGUAAAUUUGGGGAACCUGAAAAAAUGAAUAAGCUGCCUUCUUUUACAUUAAACAGAAAAUGUCUUCUGUUGGCAUAACCAUAUCAGAAAUUUGUCAUUUGAAAUGUUACUUGAGCCAUGGUUUGGUUGGUCUUGUUGUUUAUAGAGUGAAUAGGAAUGACAUUAUCAUUGCAGCCCCUGUUCUGGUGAUACAUCAACCCUUUGCAAGUUUAUUGUGGUUUUUUUCUGUGCAAUUUGUCAAUAAUAAAUUUGUGUAUCUUUGGAAGUUGAACAAGACAAUUACGGUUUUAA